AUGAAGUAUUUAGUGUUAUUUUUGUUUAUUGGAUUAUGCCACAGAGUGAGUCAAACUACAUCGUGUACAGAACGUGGAAAAUUUCCGAAUGAUGAAAACCAUGACUGCAGGGGAUAUGCCCCUACUAUAUCUGUGAUGUAUUCGAACAUAGUUGUUCCGAGACAGUGGACGAGACUUUCAUGUCUGUGUCGUUCAUUAUCAUCUAUAGAAGGUCAAAAACUUCCUCAGUCUAGUAAAUCUAGUGAUGGAAUCUCACCUCCUCCUCGUAUUCCUAGAGGGCCAACUGACAUCCUACAGGCUCUAGCGUCAACAGUAGGUCCUGAUCCGACGGCUGCACAUUAUAAGUACCAUGAUGAUCCAUAUUUAAUACCAUUGUCUAACUUUCGUAAGAGAGCAUAUGCCUUGUCCGCUGAGGCUGGUCGUAAAGCUGCUGCUUGGAUAAGAGAUGAACAUGCCAACUUAUUCACAACUAGAGAGUGGGAUCCACCAACCAAGAUGAAGACACCUUACUUUAAUGCUGAUCCUCAAAUAGAAGCAUUCGCACCUAGACCUAUAUACAAUGAUGAAAGUCAAGUUACAGAGGAGGACUUGAAGUAUACAAUCCAAAAUGCCUUACUGGAAGACUCAGUAAAAGUGUUUCAAUUACUUGGUGGUGUAGAAGGUGUUAACAAUGAAUUAAAGCUGCAACUACUGCAAUUGAUGUGCUUCUAUAAUGAAAAGGAACCUGAAUCCAUGGAGUGGAUUGAAGAAAAGUGGUUUGCUGGUAACACUCGCGAUAGACAUUCAACAACAUGGAGGCUUGGUGGACUUGCUGACAGCAUCUUCACAUCCAUGGAACCAAAAACGUCAGAAGCUUAUUGUGCCCUAAUUCAAGGCAUGGCUAAAUAUUAUCAGGCUGAAAGGGCACACGCGUUGACCAAGGAGGCUAUAGAGAAGGGCAUACAACUGUCAACCAGUGUUUAUAAUUCAUUGAUAGGCUGCGUAGGAUACUUAAAGGAAGGCACAGCUCUUCGAAUAGAAGCCCUUAAAGCUUUAUUAGUAGAAAUGAGAGAACAGGGCUUCACACCAAACGAUGGGACAUUGACGGCAUGCCUGCACUCCAUAUCGGCGUGGGGCGGUGGCAAAGCAUUGCAACAAUUGGCGCUACAAACUGUGGCGGAGUUCAGAGAGUUAGGCAUACAUCCAGGCCUGUCAGCCUAUUACUACUUACUAUGCCUAUUCUGCAAAGAACGAGGCCCACGCAUAGACAUAAUGUCAGCAAUUAUAAAAGAUUUGGAACAAAGGGACAACAUAGAUGUCAAAGAAUCUACAGACACUAACUUCUUCAUCACAGCUAUGGGGGUGUGCAGUGAUCAUUUACAGGAUAUAAAAAUGGCAGAAAGGCUACAUGAUCUACUGAUGAAAGGCGACAAUUACAAAUUAGUGGGAGACGCGUACAAGGAAAGCAUCUAUUACAGACACUAUGUCACAGUGGCUUGCAGGCAUGCACCAUUUGAGAAAACCACGGAGCUUUUAGACACCCUGGUCCCUAACAUUUAUGUGCCAGAACCUUCAGUUAUGGAAGAGAUAAUAAAAUCUUUGGAAGUGGGCGGUGCUGGAGACCGAUUGGCACAAGCAUGGUCCCAAUUAGUGGUAUUCGGUCACGCCAAACGAGUGAGACUUGUUGAGAGAUUACUAGACGCCAUGAUCAGCUGUUAUGAGUAUCAAAGUGAGGAAGUAAAAAGGAAAAUGCGUUUAGCUGCCAUUGAUAUGCUCAACUAUGGAGAGAUGACUGAGGAGAUCGAAGAGACCAAGGAUCGCAGAACACCUCAACAGAAAUUAUCUGCUACAGCGCUGUGUAACAUUAUACACAUGUGCUCUGAUACACAAGACGCCUCGGACAGUGCUUGGGACUCGAUCAGCUCAGCGCUACAGCGCUUGCGGCGUGAGGAGGCGGCCGGCGUGCCGCGAGAGCCGCAGGCGUUAACCGAGGUAGCGCAGAAGGCCGCUACGCUCGGAAAACAUGGUAUUGCCGCGUCUGCGGUGACUUACUUGGCUGAAUGCGGGUUCGAAGAAGCAGUGACAGCUAGCGUGCAAGUACUGGGCACUAUCCUGAACCGGUCGACGCAAGAAGUGGAACAAAUGUUAUCUCAGAAGGAAGUUGAUUUUGCAACUACACUACAGCCGUCAGCACUCGCUCUCGCUGAAGCUUACAAUUUAGCCAAAAUGGGCACUCCAACCAGUCAAGAUUCCACAUCCCGAUCAUCAUCGAGCUCCAGCGACAGUGAUUCAUCGUCUGAUGAUGAAUAA